AUGGUUGUAUAUGUUCAAUGGGUGAAAGCUGGAUAGGAAAAGAGUAAAUUCGCCAUGUACGUCGGAGAUGAGGACAUCCACACUGCGAACGAGCGUCGACUUUCGAAGUUAAUUAGAAAUGUAGCGAAGAAAUUACACACUGGAAAGGGUCGAAAUAAUGGUCAGACGGUAACGGACACGAAAUUAUAGCUUCGGAGAUCCAUAGACAUAUUUAUAAAGAUAGUGACGAAACUCGUUCAGGUAUGAAAGUUCAAAUUACGUCGUAAAUUAUUAUUCCCCACGCACUUGUAACGUGCCCAGCCAGUAAAAUGGAGUCAAUGUAAUGCGAGUCGCUCAAGCGGUGGUCUCAAGAAUGAUCUCUCGUUUCGUUUGUUCGCAACAUUAAAACCACUAGCUGUUGUUGAAUAUAAUGAAGGAAAGUGUGGUAUAGAUUAUUCCGACCAAAUGGUUUCUUAUGCCAUCACAAUUAGAAAAGGAAUCAAAUGGUACAGAAAACUUGGCAUUCAACUCCUUCUGGGAAUUUCUGUUGUAGACGCUUUGAUGGUUUACAGAAUUGCAACAAGGAAGAAUAUAAAUAUUAGAAUAUUUGGACAAUUAUUAGUUGCAAAAUUAUUAGGGUUGUCUGAAAAUGCAAAAAAUCCUUGUCUUCGACAGAGUCAGCAUAAUGUCGCCAAGUUGAUGGAAGCAUGGUACGCGAAAGCGGACAUGGAGAGGUUGCAAGAAAUACGAAGUCAAGUAAACGUGCCUUAGGGCAAUGAUGCAAUAGCGGCGAAUCCCUUCCAAAUUGAUCGACGUUCUUUGAGCAGCGAACUGGAUUUUUCUGAAAUAACAGAGAACGGCAUGUACGCUAUAAGCGACAGAGAUUCUUUUCUCUUUUAGUAUUCAUUAACAGCGAUUCAAUUGAGUCGCCUUUGCGAUGGUUUGACCAUUUAUAGCAGCGAGGAACUCGGUUUCGUAAAUAUGUUUGUGCUAAACAUGCUUGAGAUGAAUAACAGGAAAUAUGCAAACGCUUUAACAUCUGGUAUGUUGGCAGCGGAUAUGGUUUACUAUCUCAUACGGAAAAAGAUUUCAUUUAGAGAAACUUAUCACUUAACCGUAAAAGUUGUUGCUCUGGCAGAAUCAUUGUGAGUGUCUCUUUGCGAAUUGACAUUUAGACAAUUGAAAAUCGUAAAAUAGGAAAUUUCAUUCACUGAAUUUGAGGAAGACAUGAUACAAGUUUAGAAUUUCAGCAGCAGCGCUAGACAGUACAAAGUAACAGAUGUGACCAGUACAUCGGCACUGACAGAACAAAUUAGCGAUCUUCGAACUUAGUUACAACAAACUAAUUCUAUCGAAAGAAUGAAAGUGAAGGGAAGACUAUAUACCAUUUAAUAGAUAAAAAAUAAUUCAAAAAUAGAACACGAGAAAUAUUGAAAAGCUGUCUGCUUUUUUCAAAUUCUGCUAAUUUCCGUUCGACUGUUUCAGGACCUCACAAUAUGUCACCGCUAUGCCAGCAUUGAGUAUUGCGCAAAGAACUCCUUUUCCAAUCCAUUAGUGACGAAUUACUCGAGACGAUAAAUGAAGUCAGCCAACUUAUCGGUUGUCCUGUGACACUGAUCAGAAACUAGACCGGAAGCACGUGUUACA